AUUUGUUUAUGGUGUUGAAGAUACUUUCUGCUAUAACGUAUGAGUGAGUGCAGGUUUGUGUGUGUUCAUGCGCCGCCUUCUGAGGUAAACAAGGUAAAUAGGUAUUAGAGCGUUCAAACUGGUGUGUAUUUCAGGAGGGUUGAGGUGGGCCAGCUGGUUGCCAGGGAACCAAGUUUGGUCCUGCUCAUGUUACACAGAUCUCCGUCUCUCCUGUCUGUCUCUCUUUCUCUCCAUGUCCUUUGCCUGCUGGGAACCAUAUCUCUAUUACCGGACGCGCUUUUGAGGACUUUCUGAAGCCAUUUCGACUUAAACCCUUUUUUGUUGUUCAGGGUUUAUUUUUUAGUUUUUUUCCCGCUCUAAGUGCCAGAGUUUCCAGGUGUCCGUUGCAGGUGUUGGUGAUCUGUGGCUGUCAGGAUGCAGCAGCUGGUAUUGAAGGUUUUCUGCUCCUCUUUGCUGCUUCUAGCAGUGGGUCACACCGUGUAUUCACAGUCAGAUUGUUCUCAAGCCAGGUCAUGUGACCUUUGCGUCGGCGACUCCAUGCUCAACCUAACGAACUGCGUAUGGAGGCUUUGUCCAGACGGUAAUGACACGGGCGCAUGCAUGACUGAUGGGGGCGACUUGGUCGACAAUGGCAUGAACUGCAGCUGGACCAGAGUCUCUGAAUUGUGCACAGUUGUAGAGAUCGUUGCCGAGGGAGGAGGGGAAAGUGACUCAGGUGAUGGAAGUAAGACCGACUCGUCCCCCGAGUUUUCUCAGGCCAAGUUCGACAUGUCCAGCUUCAUAGGAGGCAUCAUACUCGUGCUGUGUCUCCAGGCGGGCGGCUUCUUUGCCAUGCGCUUCCUCAAAUCCAAAGAGCAGAGCAACUACGACCCCAUAGAGCAGCCACAGUGAGGACUAGCUACACGAAGGACAAACUGAAAAGGGUGGAGGAAAAGUGGAGCGGUGACUCAUCCAGUUAUGACGACAAGACUUUUUUUUUCUUUUCUCUGAGCCCCUGUCAUUUUUGGUUUGGUCCCCAUGUGUACCCCUGGAGGACGGGUGUGUUCAUUAGAGAACAUCUCUCUCAAAAUACUGCAAUAUGUGUUAGUGUGUUAGUGACACGAAAGGCUGACAAAAGAAAUUCUGACCAGUGAGAAACAAACUGAUUUUUGCGACAGCUCUGUGAUCAAAGCCAACAGAAAUCUGCAUGGACAGCAAUUUAAGCAUUUGUCCUCUCACGAACCGCCGAUCUGUUUUGACUGCGUGCUGUAAAUAGUGCGCUGCAGACGUGGGAAACGCUGAUAAAAUCCCUCGCCGGCAGCAGGUCAGACAAGGUCAUGGCAAGCAUUUUGAACUUCUUUCUCAAGGAAACUAAAAUAUGUGAGAACAAGCCCCUGGAACACAAGAGCAUUUCUUUGUUUCAGCUGAAUAACUAUCCAUUUAAGUAUUUGCAUAUCGUUUUAAUUUGCAGUGAGUCAUGUCAUUUGGUAGAGAAGUCCUCUCAACCACUCUUGGGACCACAGAAAAUGACACAUGUUAAUCUAACAUCUAAUAGGAGUGUAAUUAUGGCAGAGACCUCCAUUUUGGCUUUAGUGUUCCACAAAUUUGAUGUGAGUGUUUUGAAUUGUCCAUUCAUUAGUAACAGACAUUUACAUUUAUGUCUACGUAUCAGCUUUACCUGUUGUAACUGCCGUGUUAUCGCUGGUUGAUUAAUACUGUAUAAACUGUUUGAAUUUUUUUUGUGAUGCCAUGCGAUUUCCUCAAUAAAAUAUGUAUUAACAGCU